AGUUUGACAGUGACAAAAAACGGAAAUGACAAGAAAACAAAAUGUCGGUGUGUUGUUGUGGUCUGGAAUUUGUAUCUCGUAUUAACUGAAUUAAAGAAUAUUAACAUUCUGUAUUAUUCUCGUAGCAUCAAUAACUGUAUUAAAUUAUAUAAGGUUUGAGAAAAUGUCCUCUCUACAAAAAUCUAUAAUGAAAAAUAAAUUGCCGCCCCGUGUGCCUAGAUCAUCGGGAAUUGCAAAAUUAGCUCCGUUUGGCUCUUCUCGUCGUAAAGAUUACUCGCCUGUUUCAUGGAAGCAGUACUUCGAUCGUUGCGUAGAUGUAGAGACGGAGGCGGGCACCUUCAGAGUAUAUUUGUCGCCUGAACCUGACCAUCCAUCACGCCCGAGGAUAUUUACUCUACACGGUGGUGGAUACUCUGGUCUUAGCUGGUCAUUGUUUACUGAAGAGAUAACAAACAUGAUCCAUUGUCAGGUAGUAUCUAUGGAUGUAAGGGGGCAUGGUGAGACUAAAGUGAAAGAUCCCGAUGAUUUGAGUAUUGAAACAUUAGUAAGAGAUGUAGAACAAGUGAUACAAAAGUUAUAUGAUGAAGAGCCACCUCCCAUCAUACUGUUAGGCCACUCAAUGGGCGGGGCCAUAGCAGUUAGAGCUGCUCAUUCCCCUGUCAUUGAACAGUAUAUACAUGGAAUUGCGGUUAUUGAUGUUGUUGAAGGCACUGCAAUGGAGUCUUUGGCUAGUAUGCAAGGUUUUUUGAGAGGAAGGCCGACACAUUUUAAGAGCAUUGAACAUGCCAUAGAAUGGUGCAUUCGGAGUGGCCAAGUGAGGAACUUAGAAUCUGCAAAAGUUUCAAUGCCCAGUCAGAUUUUGAACGUUCAAACUGGUAAAUUAGCUAUAAAUGAAGUGGAAACAUAUAAAAAAGAGGAUGCACCUCGUGCACCGGAACCUACACGUCAUGGUCCUCACGCUAACUGCAUCACCGAGGAGAGUGAUGAAGAAAGUGAUACCAGUGAAGCCAGUGAAGCUAAACUAGCUAGGACUGACUCGGAGAAUGAAGAUAUAAAACUGACAAGAACUAACUCAACUAACUCGGAGAAUGAAGAUAAUGCAAAGCUGGCUAGAUUGGACUCGACUGACUCAGAGAAUGAAGACACAAAACUAGCUAGACUGGACUCGACAAGUGAUGAUGCUGAAGCUAGUAAUGCAAAGCUACCUAGGUCAGACUCGACGGAAAAAGAUCAAAGUGCUACUUUUGCUGUUCCCAAUGCUGUUGGUGAUGGUGCUUCUAUGAAAUAUAAAUGGCGUAUUGAGUUGUCCCGCACGGAGAAGCACUGGGAGGGUUGGUUCGGAGGACUCUCCUCUGCCUUCCUGCACACGCGCUCACCUCGUCUGCUCCUGCUCGCCUCUGUUGAUGGACUGGACAGGGAACUGACUGUUGGACAGAUGCAGGGCAAGUUUCAAAUGCAAGUGUUAACAAGAUGCGGCCAUGCUGUACAUGAGGACACUCCCGGAGAGGUUGCCAGAGUGGUGGCUUCUUUCAUCCUCCGUCAUCGACUGACUACAGCCACUGAGAACGGUGAACUGAUGAAUCUGGUGUCCGCACCAGGUUGUUGAAUUUUCUAUAUUAUUUGUAUGUGAAGUAA